CGGCACGUGGCUCCCGCCCGCGGAGGCUUCCAGGGGCUUUCCAGAGCCGUGACGCCCGAGGCAGGAGCUCCUCCCCCGGCCGAAGGAGCCGCGAAGGGGCGGAGGGGGGGGUGAAGAGCCCUUGUUCGGGGCGAUGUCGCGGUGGCCGCUGCGGAUCCGGGGCGGCGUCGGCGUCGGCGGGGACCGAGAGGCCGGGGAGCCCCUCCGCCCAGCCGGACGCUUCCCCGACGGGCCCCCUGGCUGCGGCUCCUCCGGGGGCGGUGAAAGGCGCCGGGUGGUCCCCGGUCAGGAGGCGAGCCGGACUCCGGCUGUAGGGUUGUGAAGGCCACGCAAAGCAGGCUGGUUCACAUGGCAUCGGCCAACGCAACCCCUCCUGGCUCUUUGGACGUGAACCAGCCGGGCUUCCCCAAGGAGAUUCUGGGCACUGAACUGGUGGGCAAGUACCUGUGUUCAGAGUGCCGGAACAUUUUGCGGCGUCCGUUUCAAGCCCAGUGCGGUCAUCGUUACUGCUCCUAUUGCUUGAAGAAAAUUCUAAGCUCAGGGCCCCAGAAGUGUGCAGCCUGCCUUCAAGAGGGGUUGUACGAUGAGGGCGCCUCCAUCUUGGAAACGGGGGUGGCUUUCCCAGACAACGCAGCUCGGCGGGAAGUGGAGAGCCUCCCAGCCAUCUGUCCCCACCAAGGUUGCUCGUGGAAAGGCACCAUAAAAGAAUAUGAGAGCUGCCACGAGGGGAGCUGCCCGGCCAUGCUGGUGGCCUGUCCUGCGUGCCACAGCCUGGUCAGGCUGGGCGAGAAGGAGCGGCACGCCGAGCAGGAGUGUCCCGAGAGGAGCCUCAACUGCAAAUACUGCCAAGCCCUUUUCCACUUCUCCGAAAGCAAGGCCCACGAGGCGAUGUGCCCCAAGCUCCCUCUGGCCUGUGAGGGGUGCGGAAAGAAGAAGAUCCCCCGGGAGAAGUUCCUGGACCACGUCAAGACCUGCAGCAAAUGCAAAGCCCCCUGCAGAUUCCAGCCGGUCGGCUGCACCCACUUGAUGGAGAACGAGCAGCUCCCCGAGCAUGAGAGGAGCCACCUGGGCGAGCACCUCUACAUGCUGCUGAGCUUCGUGCUGAGCUUGGGCUCCGCGUCCAGCAAACUGGAGCCCCUGCUGGACCGGCUCUCGGCGGAGGCCGGCUGCGUCCUGGCGGGGGGCAGGCCCUUGGUCCCCGAGCCGGAGCUGCCCAGCUCCUUAGAGCUGCUGGGGAAAUGCGAGGCCCUGGAGAGGAAGACCGUCACGUUUGAGAACAUCGUCUGCGUGCUGAACCGGGAGGUGGAGAAGGUGUCGCUCGUGGCCGAAGCCGCCAGCCGGCAGCAUCAGCUCGACCAGGAGAAGAUCGAGGCCCUCGGCGCUAAGGUGCGGCAGCUGGAGAGGAGCAUCGCCUUGAAGGACCUGGCCUUGGCCGAGAUGGAACACGCCAUCCAGGAGAUGGAGGCGGCCUCCUACGACGGCAUCUUCAUCUGGAAGAUUUCUGACUUUGCCCGGAAGCGGCAGGAGGCGGUGGCGGGGCGCUCUCCGGCCAUCUUCUCCCCAGCCUUCUACACCAACAAGUACGGCUACAAGAUGUGCCUGCGGAUCUACCUCAACGGGGACGGCACCGGGCGGGGCACCCACCUGUCUCUCUUCUUCGUGGUGAUGAAAGGACCCAACGACUCCCUGUUGCGAUGGCCUUUCAACCAGAAGGUUACCCUGAUGCUGCUGGACCAGAAUAACCGUGAGCACAUCAUUGAUGCCUUCCGGCCCGACGUGGCCUCCUCCUCCUUCCAGCGGCCCAUCAGCGACAUGAACAUUGCCAGUGGCUGCCCCCUCUUCUGCCCCAUCGCUAAGAUGGAGUCCAAGAAUUCCUACGUGCAGGAAGACACCAUCUUUAUUAAAGCCAUUGUAGACCUCACGGGCCUUUAACGCCUUGCCCACUGGGGUCUUGGAGCACGGGGCUGUCCCUGUGGGGGGGAAGAAGGGGGGGAUCUGGACGGCCCCCUGGGCAACGAGGGCCUGGCGGACCUUCUUUCAGCCUUGGACAGCCCCCCUACCCUUGGAGAGGCGUCUUGGAAGCCCAGCUGGGCCCUGAAGGAGAGGCCUUUCCUGGUUCCAAGCAGGCCCUGGGGCUCCUCUGCUGCCUUGGACUGGGGUGGCCGCUGCCUAGGCUAGAGAGGCUGGGCACUCAAGGUCCAGCAACUGUUUGGGGCGGCCUGGCAGAGCCCCUGGAGGGGAACUGCUCCUGACCAGCCCGUGUCUACCGCCAAGCGAUCCGCGCUACCCGUUCCCAGGGCACAGAGGCCUGGGCAGCUGCCAGGAAAGCUGAGAAAGGGUGAGAAGAGCUCCACGGGCAGAGGGGAGCCUUCCUCUGGUGGUCCCAACGGAGGAGCCCUGGCCAAUUGCCCCCCCUCCCCCUUCUCCACUGGUGGGGAGGGGCGCUCCUCUGAGUAGGAGCAAGAUCUCCCAGGAGCUUUCGGGCAAUCAUAGAGCAACUUCGGACCGUCCUGCUGAAACGCUCUUCCCUGGAAAAGCGAGAAAGCCGAAUAAAGCAUUAUAGAGGCGA